AUGUCUAAAGUCAAGAGAACAUUCGGUACCGGAAGUUUUAACAAAAAAGGAGAAAGAUUUAAAACACCUGAACAAGUGUCGCAAGUUCUUAAUAUUCUCAAAGAAAAUGGAAUUGAUGAGCUCGAUACAGCAAGAUUAUAUGGAGAAGGAACCAGUGAAGAAUUACUCGGUGAAACAACAGAAUUCCAAGCAUUUACAGUUUCCACCAAAGCAAAUCCUAUGAUAAGCAAAUUAACAAAAGAAAAUACCAUUAAACAAUGUGAUGACAGUUUAAAGGCAAUGAAACGAUCCUCUGUUGAUAUCUUUUAUAUUCAUGCACCAGAUCGAGAAACUCCUUUCGAAGAAACAGCUCAAGCGAUUAAUGAUCUUUAUCAACGAGGAAGUUUCAAAAGAUUUGGUCUUUCUAAUUUUACUGCAGAAGAAGUUCAACAAAUGUACGAUAUCUGCAAAGAAAAGAACUAUGUUCUUCCAUCGGUAUAUCAAGGAAACUAUAAUCCGAUUACGCGAAAAAAUGAACAAGAAUUAUUUCCACUACUAAGAAAAUUAGGAAUACAUUUUUAUGCUUAUUCACCAAUUGCUGGAGGUUUCUUGGUUAAAACACCAGAUCAAAUCAAAAAUAGUCAAGCUAAUGGUCGAUUUGACACUUCGACUAUGGCUGGCCAGUACUAUACAAGUCUUUAUUGUAACGAGACCCUUUUCUCGGCACUAGAAGCUUUUCAAGAUCGUUGCAAGAAACUUAAUAUUAAACCAUCAGAAGCUUGUUACUCAUGGUUAUUAAAUCAUUCAUUAUUGAAGGAAGGAGAUGCUAUUAUUUUGGGAGCAUCUAAUCUUGAACAACUUCAUGAGAAUCUUCGUGAUUCACGCGGAGUAGCACUCAAUGCGGACGUUAUUCAGGCAUUAGAAGAUUUGUGGAAAAUGGCAGAAAAAGACGCACCAAAGUAUCAUUUCUAA